CUAGACGUACAUCGGACAUGUCUUGGUGUCCGUGAACCCGUUUCGAGACUUGGGUAUCUACACCGACCGUGUCCUUGACUCCUACCGGGGUAAAAACCGACUCGAGGUCCCACCCCACGUCUUCGCGGUUGCAGAAUCAUCGUACUAUAACAUGAAGUCGUACAAAGAUAACCAAUGUGUGAUUAUUUCUGGAGAAUCGGGGGCGGGGAAAACAGAGGCCGCGAAGCGGAUCAUGCAGUACAUCGCUAGUGUAUCCGGGGGAAGCGACUCGUCCAUCCAACAGACGAAGGACAUGGUUUUGGCUACAAACCCGCUACUCGAGUCAUUCGGUAAUGCAAAGACACUACGCAACAACAACUCCUCCCGGUUCGGAAAGUACCUGGAAUUAGAGUUCAAUACCAAUGGUGAGCCGGUUGGUGCCAAUAUCACCAACUACUUAUUGGAGAAAUCGCGAGUUGUCGGUCAGAUCACCAACGAGCGAAACUUCCAUAUCUUCUACCAGUUCACAAAGGCAGCGCCUCAGAAGUAUCGAGAUAUGUUCGGUUUGCAACAGCCUCAGUCCUACCUCUAUACGAGUCGCUCGAAGUGUUUCGACGUGCCUGGAGUUGACGAUAGUGCCGAGUUCAGGGAUACACUGAAUGCAAUGGAAGUAAUUGGAAUGAGCGAGCCCGAGCAGGACAACGUCUUCCGAAUGCUGGCUGCCAUUCUGUGGCUUGGAAACAUUCAGUUCGUUGAAGACGACUCUGGAAACGCUGCUAUCUCAGAUCAGUCGGUGGUUGACUUUGUCGCUUACUUGCUGGAAGUCGAUCCUGGUCAGGUGAACAAAGCUCUCACCAUUCGUGUAAUGGAGACCGCCCGUGGAGGUCGUAGGGGAUCAGUCUAUGAAGUUCCUCUGAACACCGUCCAAGCCCUUGCCGUGCGUGAUGCGCUAUCCAAGGCAAUCUACUUCAAUCUCUUCGACUGGAUCGUGGAACGUGUCAACCAGUCAUUGGCUGCUAGGGGAACUGUAGCGAACUCGAUUGGAAUUCUGGAUAUCUACGGGUUUGAAAUCUUUGAAAAGAAUUCGUUCGAGCAGCUGUGCAUUAAUUAUGUCAAUGAGAAACUACAGCAAAUCUUCAUCCAGUUGACAUUGAAGGCGGAGCAAGAUGAAUAUGCUCGUGAGCAGAUCCAGUGGACACCCAUCAAAUACUUUGACAACAAGGUCGUGUGUUCGUUGAUAGAAGACAAGCGGCCCCCAGGUGUUUUCGCCGCCCUCAACGAUGCUUGCGCAACGGCGCAUGCCGAUUCUGGCGCUGCCGACAACACCUUUGUGGGCAGGCUUAACUUCCUCGGACAGAACCCAAACUUCGAGAACCGCCAGGGUCAGUUCAUUGUCAAGCACUAUGCCGGUGAUGUCAGUUACUCGGUCGAGGGCAUGACGGACAAGAACAAAGACCAGCUGUUGAAGGACCUACUGAACCUUGUCGGGUCUAGCGGCAACCAGUUUGUCCAUACUCUUUUCCCUAACCAAGUCAACCAAGAUGAUAAGAGACGUCCACCUACUGCUAGCGAUAAGAUCAAGGCAUCCGCUAACGACCUGGUGGCUACUUUGAUGAAAGCUCAGCCAUCAUAUAUUCGAACCAUCAAACCGAAUGAUAACAAGGCUCCGAAGGAGUACAAUGUCGGAAACGUUCUGCACCAGAUCAAAUACCUCGGUCUUCAGGAGAACGUUCGAAUUCGACGUGCUGGCUUCGCGUAUCGUCAAACUUUUGAUAAGUUCGUUGAGCGUUUCUAUCUUCUUUCCCCGAAGACGUCCUACGCUGGUGAUUACACAUGGACUGGCGACGCAGAAUCUGGCGCUCGACAGAUCCUGAAGGACACCAGCAUUCCUCCAGAAGAAUACCAGAUGGGUAUCACAAAGGUGUUCGUCAAGACCCCUGAGACGCUUUUUGCCCUAGAGGCCAUGCGUGACAAGUAUUGGCACAACAUGGCUAUCCGUAUCCAGCGCGCAUGGCGUAAUUAUCUUCGCUACCGUAUCGAGUGCGCCAUCCGUAUUCAGCGAUUCUGGCGUCGCACCACUGGUGGUCUUGAGCUCAUCAAGGUGCGUGAUUCAGGCCAUCAAGUGCUCCAAGGUCGCAAGGAACGUCGGAGAAUGAGUUUACUCGGUUCUCGGCGGUUCCUUGGUGACUAUAUUGGAAUCGGUAAUAAGGGUGGUCCCGGAGAGAUGAUCCGCAACGGUGCAGGCAUUAACGGAUCGGAGGAUAUUCUCUUUUCUUGCCGUGGUGAGGUCCUGGUCUCCAAGUUUGGUCGGUCCAGCAAACCAUCUCCGCGUAUCCUCGUUUUGACGAAUCGGCAUGUAUAUAUUGUGGCACAAACACUCGAAAAUAACCAACUAGUGAUUGCGUCCGAAAGAACGGUGCCGAUCGGUGCCAUUAAAUCUGUCAGCACCUCGAACUUGAAAGAUGACUGGUUCUCGUUGGUCAUUGGUGGGCAGGAACCUGAUCCUUUGAUUAACUGUGUCUUUAAAACGGAGUUUUUCACCCAUCUCAACACGGCUUUGCGUGGGCAGUUGAACCUGAAGGUUUCCGAAAACAUUGAAUACAACAAGAAACCCGGCAAGUUGGCUACCGUCAAGGCUGUCAAGGACCCCGCUGCUUCCCCGAACGUUGAUACCUACAAGAGCCACACAAUUCACACCAGCCCUGGUGAGCCUCCGAGCUCAGUUUCGAAACCGACGCCGCGAGCGAAGCAAGUUGCGGCACGGCCGGUCACAAAAGGAAAACUCUUGCGUCCCGGGGGUCCUGGAGGCGGGCCGUCGAAGCUGGUGUCCAGACCUACACCCAAACCCCAGCCUUUACCCCAAUCCCAGCCAGCCGCGGUGCAACCGCCGCCCGCUCCUCAACCAGCUGCUGUUCCUAGACCAGUUCCCCAACCCGUUGCAGCCGCUGCCGCCUCUCACAUACGGACUGCGUCAUCCGGCUCUGUGAGAGCUCCACCACCACCGCCCGCGAGUCCCCCAGCACCAAAGAAAGCUACCGCGAAGGUCCUGUAUGAUUUUACCAGUGCCCAGUCCAACGAGUUAGAUAUUCGGGCGGGAGAGAUAGUGCAAAUCGUGUCAAAGGAAGGAAAUGGUUGGUGGUUGUGCAUGAACAUGGCAAAUUCUGCCCAGGGUUGGACUCCCCAGGCGUAUCUUGAAGAGCAGGUUGCGCCUACCCCCAAGCCUGCUCCGCCGCCGCCACCCCCAGCCGCACCUAGGGCAAGCCCGGUGCCGGGAGCCAACGGAGCAGUAGCCGCAGCCAAAGCUAAACCAGCGCCUCCCGCACCACCUGCUAAGCGCCCGAACAUGGCUGGAAGAAAGGCGGUGCCGGCACCUCCCCCCGCACCUCGGGACAGCGCUGUGAGUAUGAAUUCACACGACUCAUCUGGCGGUAGUGGUCGCGCCACGCCGAACAGUGUUUCGAACGCAAGCUUAGCAGGAGGCCUUGCAGAGGCAUUGAGAGCACGACAACAUGCAAUGCAAGGCAAGCACGAUGACGAUGACGAGUGGUGAUUAUUGACUUGCUUUUACUCCCUUUUCCUUCUAUAUCUUUGCUUUUUCAUUCCCAAUUUCCGUUUCUUUUCUUUUCUAUUUUUUUAUUUCUCUCUCUUCAGUUCUAGCUUAGAGUUUUGCUUUGGAUGCUGGUCUACUGAUACCGUGGGAUUCAUUGUUUGGCGCUGCAUGAACCCUG